AUGAAUUCUUCGAACGAAUUUAAUCAAAUUGAUGAGAAUUCUAUUGUAAUUAAUUAUGAAAAAAUAUACAAAAAUAAAAUUGAAGAUGAUUUAUAUGAUGUUAAAGAAAUGAUGGAUGAUAAACAUGAAAAAAAAUUGAAUAUAUCAACAGAUUCAUAUCAAACAUUUAAACCUUUAAUGAACAAUGAUCGUUUAGAUCAAAUUCAUCAAACAAUUCUUCAUGUUUCUCAAUGUAAUCUUAUCACAGAUAAUGGUGAUAUUAUUCAUUGUCUGAAGAAUAAUAGUGAAGAUUUUCAAAAAUCAAAACUCAUCAUUCGUCAAUCAAUUGAUUCUUUUUCAAAAUAUGAAGAUGAUGGAAUUGUCGAACCUAAUACAACACCAGAAAAUUCUCUAACAAUAAAUGAACAUCGAAAUUAUGUUACGAAUAAUAAUGAAGAAGAAGAAGAACAAAAAAUAGCAAUGAAAUUUCAUAAUGAUCAUCAUCUUAAAACAAAAUAUAAUUUCAUAACUGAACAUCCUUUAACACAUGUUGAUAGUCAACAUUCAAUAUUAAUUGAAAGAAUAUCAAAUGAAGAAAACGACAAUGAUCAGUUUCACUUGAUACAUUUAGAAAAGAUCAAUGAAGAACAAAAUGAAAAAUCUGAUUUGAAAAAUUUAAAUGCAUAUGAAUCUUGUCUUUCUUCAUUGUUAAUACAUAAUAAAUCACAAGAAAAUGAAUUCAAUAUUAUUCCAAUUACCGAAUAUUCUUAUAAAAAUAAUCAAAAUUCUAUUAAUUAUUUAUUGAUGUGUCAUAUCUCUCUUGUUAACAUUGAGUAUUGUACUACUUCAAAAUAUUUUAUAAUUCCUCAAUUAAUUGAAAAUCAUAUUGAAUCUUUCGAUUGUUUUCAACAAUAUUGGUCACCACAAUUAUAUUUAACAAAAUUGAUUAAUUCAAAUAGAUCAGAAAAUAUUUUAUCUAAUCACUGGUCAUUAUUGAUUUUAUAUUCUAAGUUUAUUAUAACUCGAUUAUAUUUAUUCUAUUCUUAUAUUAAAAUUUUUCGAUAUGACAUACUCUUAUUUAGUUUUUAUUAUUUAUUAGGUACACUUUUUGGAAUGAAUGCAUAUUUAUUUAUUGAUUUUCUUUUACUUAUAACUUGUAUUAUUUCUAUUUGUAUGAGCACAUAUAAAAAAUGGGUAUUUUUUUAUAUUUAUUCAAACAAAUAUGAUAAUAAUGAUAAUGAAUUGACUUAUGUUGAAAACAAAAAUCAAUAUUGGAAACUUUUAAAAUUAAUCGCAUAUGGAUUCACAAUAGGAACAAUAUCAACUUAUUUUAUGUAA